AUGACUCCCCCGAGCCCGAGAGGCCGCCCCGUCCGGCGGCCGUCGCUGCUUUCUCUCGACGACUGCCACCACCACUAUCCCUUGGGGACUCGGACCGGCACUCUGGCCUCUCUCAUCCGGAGCCGCUCCCAGCAGAGCAUAACCGGCUCAUGGCCGCCGCAGCCCCCUCGUCAGCAGCCUGUGGAGGAUGAGGAAUCGGCUGCUUGGCCGCGACAUGACGAGGACGACAUCGAGAGGCUGCUGAGGGACGAGACGAGACUGAGUCAGAUUCUUCUGGGCCCUCAGAUCAGGAGCAUGAAUCUUAUCGGCAAGAGCAAUCCGCGAUAUCGCUGGGAGCGCUACUGGAAGCAGGAUGAGGCGCUUGGCACAAUGAAGAAGCCCCUUCGCGAGUACUACAGACGAACCAACGAGCUCAUCCAGCAGUACAUGUACAUAGACUGUCUGCUAGACUCGUCCAUCCCCCACGACCUGCUCAACGAGUACUCUGCCGAGUUGGAAGCAUCAGCCUUUCGGCCCGUUGAUGUUCCUGCGACCAUCAGCGAGGAGCCCAGCGCGGCUCAGUCCCUCGCGCCUUCACUCGAACAAAACCACCUUGGCACAUACGGCACCAUCGUCCCGAAGACAAACGGCAUCGUCGCCAAGCCGCCCCUGCCACAGAAGCGAACACCUAAAGAUAUAUUCCGCUCAUCCGAGACCCUGCCUCUACUGCAGCAUGCUGAUGACGAAGUCCUCACGCCCACUCAAAUGCCUCCGGUUGGAGAGCCUGGGCCUCGCCCCCACUUGCCCUGGCUCGAGGAUGCCGAUGUUGACCACGACGACCCAGUUGUGACGCUAGCCAUCUGGAUCAACCUCAUCGCCAAUGUGAUACUGUUAGCUGGAAAGCUUGUCGUUAUCAUAUCCGUACCCUCCAUGUCCGUCCUCGCCAGUCUUGUCGAUGCGACCCUCGACUUCCUCAGCACCGCCAUCGUCUGGACGACAACCCGGCUCAUCUCUUCUGGGCAAAAGGACCAGCAUCGCUACCCGGUGGGCCGUCGUCGAUUGGAGCCCGUGGGUGUCCUGGUCUUCUCCGUCACCAUGGUUACUUCCUUCGUCCAAGUCGGUCUCCAGUGUGUGCAGCGCCUGGCAAGUCCGGACCACGAAAUCUUGGAACUUGGUCUUCCCGCAAUCAUCAUCAUGCUCACCACUGUCAUCAUCAAGGGAGGUUGCUGGAUCUGGUGCCGGCUGGUCAGAAACUCCAGCGUCCGCGCCUUGGCCGAGGACGCCAAGACAGAUGUCAUCUUCAAUAUCGGGUCGAUUUUGUUCCCCAUUGUCGGCUUCUACGGCAAAAUCUGGUGGCUCGACGCGACCGGCGGCCUGCUUCUUUCUCUCGUCGUCAUCGCCACCUGGAGCCAGACCUCGGCUCACCAUGUCCGCAACCUGACGGGUUUCUCCGCCCAGCCGGACGAGCGAAACCUGCUGCUUUAUCUGACAAUGCGCUUUGCCACGGCCAUCCGCCAGAUUCAGAACCUACGGGCCUACCACGCCGGCGAUAAGCUUUUCGUCGAAGUCGACAUUGUGCUGUCCGCCAUUACGCCGCUCAAGGACAGCCACGACUUGAGCGAAGUCCUCACGUACUUCCUCGAAUCCGUACCGAUCGUAGAUCGUGCGUUUGUCCAUGUCGACUACGCCAGUUACAACGCCCCAACGCACAUGCUGAAACAAUCAACCUCGUAG